UCAGUUGACCAACGGUCCGACUCCAAACAACAUGCGCACGGGCGCUUACAUCUGAAAAGGUUUGCUUCGCAGUUUCAUUGGCAAAUCAUUAAUACAAUGCUUAAAGUGGGCCGUCUGCCUGUGAUCCGGUUCGAUUCCUCACCCAGCAAGUUCAACCAUGUUUUCGUUCUUGCAUUCGUGGCAUCGUCAACUGACCUUUACGAACGGAGCAAAGACCUUCUUGUGCGGCCCUCAAUGUUUUGCAAAUGGCUAUGCAAGGAGCCAUAUGCCCCGGAGUCUUCGAUGCUAUAUCUACACAACGUCGACAGCAUGAUUUGAACAGUCCAGAGGAGCCAUGUCCGAGAAGUCACUACUAAGUGUAGAGGCCUUGCACGGCAUUCAAGUCGACUCUGCGUCUGAAAGCAGACAUCGCUUGUCAUGCGAUGGAUGGAAGACAAGGGCGGCUGUUGACCAGGAAAUACCGAAUGAACGAGGUUCUCAAAAAUUUGUAACACAUCCUGGUGGGGCGCCAGAUGGAGGACUAAGGGCGUGGCUUAUGGUUUUUGCUGUUGCAUUGGUUGUAUUCUCCACGUUUGGUUAUGUAAAUUCAUGGGGUGUCUUCCAAGCCUAUUACGAGGAAGAUCUUCUACGUCACACUUCCCCUUCAACUAUAGCAUGGAUCGGUUCUACGCAGUACGCGCUCUCGUACCUUCCAUCGCUUGCGACAGGGCGACUGUUUGACCUGGGUUAUUUCAAAAUACCGUUCUUCGCCGCUAGCUGCGUCCUCGUUACGGGCACUUUCCUAACCGCUGAAUGCACUCAAUUCUGGCAAUUCUUCCUGACACAGGGUGUCGGGGUGGGAAUAGGCUGUGGUAUGAUGUUUAGCCCGGCAAUCGUCAUCGUGUCACAGUGGUUCUCCAAGAGACGUGGCCUUGCUUUAUCGCUCACCGCCGUCGGGGCUGCGCUCGGCAGCAUCGUGUUUCCUGUAGCGGCACAAAAUCUGAUUCCAUUGAUUGGGUUUAGAUGGACAGUCCGUGUAUUUGGAUUCAUUCUGAUGUCAACUCUGGGGACGGCCAACAUAUUACUGAAGCGACGGCUUCCGCCCGUCAACGUUCGUGGGGGACUCUUUAAUCUCAAAGCAUUCCGCAACAGAGCAUAUACCAUGUAUUGCAUCUCAGGAGUCACGAUCCUUUUAGGUUUCUAUACAGAGCUGAGCUAUAUCUCUGUGAGCGCCGUAGAAAUUGGCGUCCCAAAAAACUUUGCGUUCUAUAUAAUUGCAAUCGCCAAUGCAGCAUCUGCGUUUGGACGUGUGUUAUCCGGAUUGAUGGCAGAUAGAAUUGGCGCACUCAGCACCAUGGCAGCUUUUACUGCUGUGACGGGAAUUGCAACAAUAGCUUGGCCAUUUGCUCAAAAUGAAUCCCAGCUCAUUGUAAUAGCCACCAUUUACGGAUUCUCAAUCGGAGCGUAUGUAUCUCUGUACUCUGUACCUGCCGUUGCGAUGGGGAAAAUGGAAGAUGCCGGGCGUCGAGUGGGAAUGUUCAUGUCACUCAUUGGUUUUGGAGGCAUUGCAGGUCCUCCAAUAUCAGGCGCCAUCAGUACCGCGACAGGAGGGUUUGUUUCUGCCGGUUACUAUGCAGGUGGCAUCAUUAUAUUUGGUGUUCUAUUGCUACUCGUGGCGCGGUACCUCCAUCUCGGACGCCUGUGGGGCAAGUUUUGAAUAGCCGUUCAGUGAGGGCUCUAGAACGGCACAGAAGGAGUGGAUGCGGCAUGAUUCAUGCAUGGUGCCGAGUACCAUCAAUACUCUGCCACGUUCACAACGAACUCGUAAUUUGUUUGGUACAUUGAAGGUGGGGCUAGAACCUUGGUCUUUCUUGUGAAAGACAGCCCUUGUUUAACUUGACAUUUUGCCCG